AUGAAGGCCCUAGGCGACAGUGGGGGCGAGAAAAGCCUCAGUGUGGGGACCUGCGGCGCGGUCCCUUCCCAAGUCCCCUUCCCGGCAAGUCGGGGCGGCGCGGGCGGAGGCGCGAAGGUCUUCUUCCAGAGCCCUCGGGGCGGCGCCGGCGGCAGCCCAGGAUCGAGCCGCAGCGCGGGCUCCUCCCGGGAGGACUCGGCGCCCGUAGCCCCAGCGGCCGCCGGCGGGCAGCUCCAGCAGCAGCAGCAGCAGCAGCGGCGCCACCAGCAGGGAAAAGUGACGGUGAAAUAUGAUCGGAAAGAGCUACGGAAGCGGCUGGUGCUGGAGGAGUGGAUCGUGGAGCAGUUGGGUCAGCUGUACGGCUGCGAGGAAGAAGAAAUGCCAGAUGUAGAAAUUGACAUUGACGAUCUGCUUGACGCAGACAGUGAAGAAGAGAGAGCUUUAAAAUUACAGGAAUUUAUCAAAGAGCUGCUGUCUCGGAUAAGAGGCAUGAGGAAGCUGAGCCCUCCACAGAAGAAGACUGUAUGA